AUGUACUUGGGCUUACUAGACCGGCUUCAGAGACAUGGCUGUCUCAGCGAGUCUGAAGAGCGAAAGGCAUCGAUGUCCGAGCAGUUAAACGCCCCUCUCGGCGCACCGCCGUACCAGAGAGGCUGCCUGAAUCACCGCUCGAUUCUUCAGAUCGUUGUUCAGAUUGCUGGAUUAUGUAGAGUCAUCAAUCUAAUAAUGGGAUCUUUUAUUCAUGGAAGGGGAAAGUUGGAUGGCUGCUCAUUUUGCUCAAGGAAUGCAUUUAGGAAUGCCAUUAAGGAAGCUGCAAUUGCACAACACUUCGAGCUUCGCAUCAUCAAAAGUGAUCUGAUACGAUACUUUGCAAAGUGUGCAUCAGAAGGUUGUCCGUGGCGAAUACGUGCUGUGAAGCUUUCCAAUGCCCCAACCUUCACUAUUAGAAGCCUUGAAGGAACCCACACUUGUGGAAGAAAUGCUCACGACGGUCACCAUCAAGCUUCAAUAGAUUGGAUAGUGAGCUUUAUAGAUGAAAGGUUGAGGAGUGACAUAAAUUACAAGCCAAAAGAUAUAUUGCAUGACAUCUAUAAACAGUAUGGGAUAAAGAUAUCUUAUAAACAAGCUUGGCGUGCAAAGGAAAGAGGGCUUGCAGCGAUUUAUGGCUCUUCUGAAGACGGAUAUUGCUUGCUUCCUGCAUAUUGUGAACAAAUAAAGAGGACUAACCCUGGAAGUGUCGCCAAAGUAUUUACAACUGGUGCUGAUAAUCGCUUUCAUGGGCUCUUUGUUUCUUUCUAUGGAUCCAUAUGUGGAUUCCUUAACGGUUGCUUGCCCAUUGUUGGACUUGGAGGAAUCCAGCUCAAAAGCAAGUACCUUGGGACCUUGCUUUCAGCUACUUCUUUUGAUGCUGAUGGGGGUUUGUUUCCACUGGCCUUUGGUAUCGCUGACGUAGAAAAUGAUGAAAGUUGGAUGUAG